CAAUUGGGGAAACUUCAAUCUGAGAGCAGUAACAGCGGAGGGACAGAAACCUUCACCGAUCAGAAGUGGCUCUCUUUCUCUUGGAUUUUUGUUCAGAGAGACUUCAGGACCACUGAAGAAGAGGAAAAAGAUGUUGAGGCGUAGGCCUUCAAAUGCCUCGGAGAAGGAGCAGGUGCAGAAGAAGAAGCUCACGCUGCAGAGGUCCAGCAGCUUCAAGGAUUUCAUGAAGCCCAAACCCACCUCUCCUGUCGUGUCAGAUAAAGAGUUUCACCUGGAAGAGACUGUGGCAGACGGUGUAACAGCAGAGGAAGCAGCAAAAAGUGGCAGCAAACUGGGCAAGAAAUGGCGUAACGUCAUCUCACGUACCAUGACCCGCAAAACAUCCAAGAUGGUACAGAAGGCUCUGGCUGAAGAAGGGGGGGAGAGUGGUGAGGAGUUGUCUCCUGUCUCCUCUGACUGGCUCCCGGACCUGAGUGCAGGACAGAGGACGUCUGUGUGCUCCACGGGGUCCGGGGACACCAUGCCCAGCCCCGUCACCCGCCAGCUCUCCGGCAGCAGUGACAGACAAAGCUUGGACAGUGGAUACAGUCAGAGGGACAGCAUGAGACUGGAGGAGAAUGGAGUUUCUUACAACGGACCCUUCUGUGGCCGUGCUGUGGUCCACACUGACUUCACUCCUAGCCCUUAUGAUGUGGAGUCACUGAAACUCCAAAAAGGUGACAUCAUCCACAUCAUCGAGAAGCCUCCUGUGGGGACAUGGACAGGGAAGCUCAACAACAAGAUGGGCUCCUUUAAGUUCAUCUACGUCAACCUCCUGCCUGACGAGAGCCCCCCAUCCAGGCGGAAACGUGGCAGCAAGGUCCGCAGAUCCAAUUUCAAACCCAAAAGUCUGGAGGAGGUGCUGGACAGCAUCCGUCUGACGGAGCUCAGUUCUUUGCUGUCCAUGCAUGGUUUCCAGACCCUGGAGGACUUUGCAGGGCUGAAGGAGUCUCACCUCAACGAGCUGAACAUCACCGACCAAGAGCAGCGCUCAAAGAUCCUGAAUGCCACUGAACUGCUCAGGGACUCUGAAGAUGAGUCUGAGCCAGAGGAGGAGGACAGAUCUGUGGAGGACGCCAAGGAGCCAAGAGAUUCAGGCUGUUUUGAGAGCUCAGAGAACCUGGAGAAUGGACGUGAGGAGCCAAAGAUAGUUGAGGAGGAGACAAACAAAGAGUCCAGUGAACAAGAGGAAGCGUCAGAGCAGCAGCAGGAGAAGCAAACAGAGCAGCUGGACGCUGUGCAGGAACAGCUGGAGGAGCUGACAGUGGACGAAGGGUCUUGAGAAGUCAAACUAUUUUUUUUAUUCUUGGGUCUCCGGGAAUCUGUGGAUAGAAACUUAAUGCUGAAAACAAACAUUUCUGCGUUGUAAGAAAGCAGACCGGUGUCAAGAGAGCAGUAUGAGGCUGAAAUAUGAACACAGUAGUUUCCGUUUUCCUCGGUUUGCUUGAACUGUAAAGCAAGCAGUACAAUUCUCCUCCAUAUGUCUCAGCUUGUUGUUUUAAUUAUGAAGUUUGUUGUUGUGUGUUCAUGGAAGAUAGCUGAAAUAAACUCAAAGAAGUGUAUGAUGGUAACAAAGAAGCAUUCAAGUUUGUUAGUGUUUUAGUUUUGUUUUUACGUACCUGGUCAAGUUUUUCCGUGUUGUGCUGUCCUAAACCAAAUAUGAAUGUAAAGUACUUUGAGAUAUUUUACGUUUUCCUCAGUUUGCUUGAACUGUGAAGCAAGCAGCACAAUUCUCCUCCAUAUGUCUCAGCUUGUUGUUUUAAUUAUGAAGUUUGUUGUUGUGUGUUGUUGACAUCAUGGAAGAUAGCUGAAAUAAACUCAAAGAAGUUUAUGAUGGUAACAAUGAAGCAUUCAAGUUUGUUAGUGUUUUUGGUUUUUCCGUGUUGUGCUGUCCUGAACCAAAUAUGAAUGUAAAGUGCUUUGAGAUAUUUGUAUGUGACUUGAACUAAACCAGUUAUUUUUCAUGUAUUUGAGGUACAUUAUAAAGGUUCUGGUACAUAUCAAUCAUGUUUCUGUAAAUAAAUCAAAAUAUAAGUGAAAUAAAACAUAAUCG